GCUGCCCCCAGACAGCACCCAAAAACACAGGCCAGUUUCUGGCUUGGGGGUUUGACCAGGACUGGAGCACUGGGCUGAGACGCUUUGCAGACAGAGCUGGUGGGGGGCAUCAGGCCUCUUCCUGUGGUCAGCACUAGGGUGUCCCCCUGGUUUGGUCCCAGGUAAUGCCCUCAGCAAGGCUGGCUUGGACAUCUUGUCAUAGCGCCCUGCCCUCAGGCCUGGCUUGAGCAAGGAUGGCCCAGCACCUGCACCUCUGUCCAGACGAGAGAAGGGGCAGCUCCUGAGCCACAAGGCAGGAGCCAGAUCUCCUCAGCCACAGCCGAGCAUCACUCAUCUUGUGGUCAUGCAGCCAGGAGGAGCUAUCCCUGCCUCCUCUCCUGUCUGGGAUGCUGAUAAAAGGCUCUCUAGCCCUCCCUACCCCAUCUCCCCCACAGCCUGGCACAGAUGCUGCCCCAGCAGCUCUAGCUCUAUCAUCUCAGCACUGAGUGCCCAGGUGGAGCAAAGCAAAGCAUGCUGGACCUACGGCAUGGGUGUCCUCAGCAGCAUUUGCAGGCUGGGAAGGCAGCUGAGUGCAGGAUGUGGUCCAGGACUGGAAGGGGGCAGCUCCCUGGUGCUGGUGCUAUCUGCCUCAAGGUGUUCCCAGGGACCCCAAGGCAGGGUCCCUGCACCAACCUCCCCUGGCAAGUGCAGAUGCUGAAAGGCACAGCACUGGUGGCCUUGGGCUGGGGAAGAGGCCCUGCCCUGCAAGUUGUGGUGUGUCUUUGCUGCAUCCUUUCUUCCUGUGCAGCUGCUUCAACCAGAACAGGCCCCUCACACUGCUGGGCACCCACUGGUGUAGAGUAGUAAAUCCAGCCUGCCAGCUGCUCAGAGAGGCAUCCCGGCUCCUGAAGGUUCAAGUGCAGCACAGGGCACUGGGAGGAUGCUUCAGGGUUAUGGCUGUGCUACCUGCUCAGACAAAUGGGCCAAAAAUGUCUACCCUGUUGAGUUCCUGCCCUGCACCCCACUUUUUGUUGCCAAGGGAAUCUCUAGCAACCAGAAUGGAAAAUGGGCAGGUGGCAAGGCAUGGGACGAGGCCUCAGGACACCUGGGCUCUGCCUCAGCUCAUGUGUGUGCCCCUGAGAGGUCACUAUGCCCUUUACCCUCUACUAAAGGGACAAAUCUUCCCCUGCUGCCAGGACCACAGCAAGGAUCAGUCAGGUCCCAGCUGCAAGAUGCUUGGAGGCUGCAGUGACAGAGCUAGAUGGAGCUUCAUGGUGGGAAGUGGGCAGCUGCCUCCACUUGUCACUGAGUGCCAGCCUGCAGGUAGAAGUGCUCCCUAUCCCCAGCCCUAUGGGUGGCUGGUCUUGCCUGGCCUUUCCCACUGGCAGGGGCAGGAGCCAGCCCUGCAGCAUCACGUUUGCUUGCUGUGGCUAUCCCAGGUAAACCUGGGAAGCCCCCCCGCCCAUCACUGCCUGCUGCCCCACCUGAACUGCCCUCCUUCCUACCCUGCAGUGCCCUCAGCUGACAGAACCACCCACCAAAGCCCCAUGUUGGUGGCCAACCUCAGCAGCUCAGCCCAGUUCAGCUUGGGCAGGUUUCCUCCACUCACUAUAAGUCAGUGGGGUCCUGGUUUGGGCCUCAUACCCCAUCUAGCUGAGGCUACAGGUGCUGCUUCAGGCGGCCAGGGCCUGACAGCUGCAGGCAUGAAGGAGUUAGCAGUUCCCAGGGCCUGAUGCUCUUACAGCCCUGUCUCUGUGCUAGGAGCACUGUGAUGGUGCACCAGAGACUGAAGACCCCUGAGACAAUAAAGGAGAGGAUAAGCACCUUGCCUGGUAAAAGCCUCUCAGCCUGCACCCCACAGUGCGUCUCCUGUGUACCCUCCUUCCCCUGAGCUUCACAUAGCUGCUGUAGCAAUCCAGCCCUCCACACACCGCCCUUGAGGGCUCCAAUGCCCAUGUGGCUCCAGCCGCAGGCUCCGGACCUCCCUUUGCAGCAUUUCCCACCCCCUGAACAUGUAGCUGGAAGAGCAGCCCCUGCCCUUACAACCUGAGGCCUCCAUUCCCUGCGUGCCUCUGACAAUAAAGUAGUUCCUCCCAGUGCCCCACACAGGUAGCAGACACCUGCACUCCUCACCACGGCUCAAUGAGGGAGGCAGGCGGGCAUGGGAGGCACAUAGCACAUGGCCUUCAUGCCCCCCCCCCCCUUUCCCCUUGGUAAGGGGAAUAAAAAUCUGCUCCUUACUGACCCUAGCUCAGCAGGGGUGUAACUGAGGACCCCAGUAGAGCCACUUCUGCUUGCUGAGAGCCAGGGGGAGCUCAGAGCCAGGCCUGCCCUCACCAUACCCACCAGACUCAGGCACGAGGGCCCCUGCCUGGCAGGGGAGAGAGGAGCCUCUUCCCCUGCUCCACAUGGCAGCGCAGGGCAAGCCCAGGCAUCUCCUACUCACACUGGCACUUGGGGCUCCCACCCAGCCAAGCGCAGCAUCACCAUGGGCACAGUUACCCUUUAACCAUCCUGCUAUUAAUGAUCUACCUGCCUCCCAGCCUGGGCCCCAGGCCAGGCUGUGUGGCUGAACCAGCCUGUGCUGAACUUGGAGAAUCCUGGGCUGGGCCUGACAGCUCUCUCUGCCACUGCUAAAGCAGCUCUGGCUUCCUGGGGGUCCUGCACCAAGUGGGAGGGUGGCAGAGCUCAGCUCAGGGGCACCAGCAAGGCAGAGCUGGGUGGGCACAGGGGCUGGGAGGGGAGCGGGGCAGGUGCUGUAAGGUGUGUCUUGCUGGCUUGCUCCCUGUUGGCUGGGGCAGGGCACAGGAUCGUUACUAUUAUUUCCUGAUUCCAUCUCCUGGGUGGGUCCCACCGGUCCCACCCUGCUGCCCAGAUAAGAGAGCUCUCAGGCAGCACUCAGCUCCUUUGACACGGAGCUGGGCGGGGUGGUGAACCAGGCACGUAACCACCCAGCGAUCAGCACCACACACUCCAUUACGAGCAACGCAGCCUUCUGCACCUGUGCCAGCUGCUCAGGAAUCACGCAGGCCAGGGUGCAGCCAGGGCCACGCAACAAGGCAAAGGACCCGGAACCCACUGCAGCCUCCCGGUGGUGAAAUUCAGGAGGGAGCAACACCUGGGGCUGGAAUCGGCUGCUAGGCUUCUCCUGUGCCCAGAGCACCAUGCCAGUCACUGGGAUGAAUGCCCGCUCUUUGAUCUCCCCAGUUGGGAUCACCCGGUUCUUUGAGAUCUUCUUGUCCUGCACGACCUUCAGCCUGGUGGCCGAUGCCAAGGCCUUCUCAGGCUCCUAUGGGACCUGGUGCAUGUUCAGCUGGUGCUUUUGCUUUGCUGUGACAGUGCUCAUCAUAGUGCUGGAGCUGACCGAGCUGUUCCCCAGGCUCCCACUCUCCUGGGACGACUUCACCUCCGCCUUCUCCAUGCUGGCGGCGCUCAUGAUCUUCACCUCAUCCAUUGUGUACCCCUCCGUCUACAUCCAUGGCACAUGCUCCACCAGCGUCUGUGCUCGACAGGCUGCAGCUACCGCCAUGUCCUGUCUCUGCUUCAUCGCCUACGCCAUUGAGGUGGGCCUGACUAGGGCUCGGCCUGGAGAUGUCAGCAGCUUCCUCUCCACAGUGCCUGGCCUCCUGAAGGUAUUUGAAGCCUACGUGGCCUGUCUGAUCUUCUCCCUUGUGGACAAUGGCCAUUCGUACUAUCAUUUGCCCGGUCUGCAGUGGUCCAUGGCAGUCUACUGCAUCUGCUUCAUCCUCACACUGCUCAUUAUCAUCCUCACCAUUGGCCAGUGUCUUGCCUACAUCCCCUUCCCCCUGGAGAAAGUCCUGGUAGGUUACAAUGCCCUGGCUGUGCUGAUGUACCUGACCACAGCAGUCAUCUGGCCCUACUACAGCUUCAAGGGUGUGUCCAGGCCAAACCCCUGCAACAGCGACUGUCAAUGGAACAGCAAACUGGGUGUGACCUUUCUCACCUACUUCAACCUCAUCGCCUACAUUGUGGACCUGGUGUACUCCUCCAAGAUGGUCUUCUUUGUGACUGCAACCACCUAACUCCGUGAGGCCAGCCAUGCCCGGACAGGGACAGGGGCAUUCAGCCUGCAGCACUGGGGAGGGUAUGGGCUCCAGCACUCCUCUCUAGUGCUAGGUUUUGCUGGGGCAUGUGAGCUCCAGCAUCCUGUGACCUGCAGAGCAGUCCCAUGUGCUGGGUGGGAGGCUGGUGAAUGUGGUGGGAGUUGAACACAUAGGGCUGGCAUUGCAGAGGGCUCCCUUGUGACCUGUAAAAUGUGAGAGGGGCCUCUAAGCCAGGGAGGGUGAGGCUUUGGGGAUGGGGGUUCAGACAUGGGGCUAAGGGUUACAGAGCUGGGCCCCAGCCCAGGGUAAUCAGUGGAAGUCUCCCCACUGCCUUCUACACCUGAGCUGGCUAGGUAGCACCAUGUUUCUGGGGGCAAAGGGGGCAGGGGGCAGUGCUGGGGGUUUCAGCACUUGAGUUUGUUUGGGAAGCUCAGGAAGUUGCCUGAUUUGGCACUUAAAUGAAGGUAGAUAAAUGGCUUGCUCCCUCCCUCCGGGAAACUAAGGAUCAAGUGUGGAGGCCUUGGAGAGCAAAGCAAACUGCUGUAUGUGUGUUUAGGAGGGUGUGUGUAUGCCUGGACAUGAGUAAAAGCUUUUCACUAAAAGGGGGCUGCAAGGUGUGUCCAUCCUUCAGGGCUCAGUGAGUAAGAAACUGUUGGGGGGACAGAAGGGGCAUGGGAGAAGGUACUAGGUGCUCUUGGGUGGGUUUGGCAGCCCACACUGAGCUCUGGACCUGCACAGGUCCCUGCACUGGUAGGUUUAAAGCCAGCUUGGGCAUGCUGGUGCCUCAAUGCAGAGCCUGCAAGGCAAGCACAUCUAGAACGUGCAGGCAACACGCAGCCAGUGCCUUCUACAGCACUUGUGCCCUCAGCAAAGUGGGGGUGGUGCUGUACCUGAGGGGCCUGCCCUCCCUGCCUAGGGGGCCUGGCAGGGGCUUGCAAAGAGGGUUUAUUUGCCUGGUUGCAGGAGGUGUGUGUAAAAGGCAGUAUUUCCCUGCUUGUUUCAAACUGUAAAACAUCAGAAAGGUCCAGUCUGCCUCCAUUGGUUUGUUUUAGGGAGUUGGUAAAUGCUCAAGCCUGAUAUGAAGGGCUGGGCCUGGGGCUGCUGGUCUUUAACAAAAGCCUCCUUUCUCCCGGAUGUUAAUUAGUCAUUGGAGUUCAACCCCUGUGAUAAGAAUUGGCUCCUUCCGCCUUCUCAUUACUCACCUUCCUUGUGAUGUCAUUUCAUGGGUUCUCCCGUUAGGGCAGCUAUUCAGGCUAGACAGAGCCUGGAUUUAUAUGGGGAGAAGCAGCAGAAAACUUCAAAUUCUUCUUCACCUUCAAACAUUUUCAGCCUGUCUCUGUCCAUCACUUUACAGAUCUCCUUCAGGGCUUGAGACAGGGACAAGACAUGGUCGAAUCUCAGUCCAUUUUUCCUCCCAUGGGUUAUUGGAGUGAUGGAAAAAGGGUUACAGCAGCUUGUCUGCUUGUCUCUUGCUUCAAUGAGCCCCACAGAGCUCCCUUGGUGUCUAGGCCUGGCCUGGAGGUGUUAUGGUGAUAGCUGUGGAUUGUUGUGGUGAUAGCAAGUCCAUUGGCUUGUAUAUCUGCACAGGUGGAGCAGAAAAGAUGGAGAUUACCUUCCCCAAUGACCACCAGCUCCAUGAGGUGCACCCAGAGCCAGACCCUUUGUGCCCUCCCCCCCACAACACACACACACACACCAGCUCCAAGUCACCUGUGGACAGGACCCAGCCCUAGUCUGUCACCCAGUGUCUGCUCCCUCCUGUGUGUUCAUUGUCUCUGGAGUCAAGUGCCUAAAUAAAGGUUAAACCUGUCAC